AUGGACAACAACCUCUUCAUCAACAAGGAUUCCCUAAACAUCGAGGACCUUUUUCGCCAGAUGAACCGGCCCAUCAUCUUGACCUCCAACGGUCUCAUGCUUCCUGGUGACCCCAGCACCCUCCAAAAAGUCUCUGAACUCAAGGCCAUCGCCAUCGUCGCUGGCAAUCUUCUCUGCGGUCUCCGUUUCGAAAGUCCCUCCGGCGAGACAGGCAACAUGGUCGCCCCAUCCGAUCUUGGCAAGAAUGCAAUCGUCUACCAGGGUGAUACCGCCGGCGAACGACCUGGCAUCCUAGAUUCUCAGCGUCAGGCUGGCAACUCGAGGUUGAAUGAUCUUCUUGGUGAGCUUUGUAGCUACAGAUGGGAGAAUGGACACUCGGACAAUGAAUUAACAAUCCUUUCUGCCGCCAUGAUCCUCUUUCGUGAUAUAAACCCAACGCUUAUCCAAAAAUUUUAG